AUGAGAACGCAAACUGGAAUUUCAUCAUCAACCAAGGAAAAAUCAUCGGUGAACAAUUCUAGGUGGGUGAAACAUUGUGAAGGAGUCUUUACAGGGAAUGGAACAUUUGGUGUUGUCUAUGAAGCAGUCUUGGAAGAGACUGGCGAGAAAGUUGCUGUAAAGAGAGUGAGGCAAGAUCCAAGAUUCCGAAAUCGAGAGCUGGCAAUCAUGAGAUUACUGAAUCAUCCAAAUAUUGUGCCACUCAAGCACUACGGAUUCUCUUCUGUGGCUGCUAGUCCGGGGAAGAUUUAUCUGAAUCUUGUGAUGGAAUUCCUUCCGGCAAAUCUCCAUCGGCUCAUCAAGUAUCAUGCAAGGAGACAGGAGUCGAUGUCGUUGCUGUCAGCCAAGGUCUAUAGCUGGCAAAUUUUAAGGGCCCUUGCUUAUCUACAUAGAAGAAAUAUUUGUCACAGAGACAUCAAACCUCAAAAUGUUUUGAUUGACCCAGAGACACACAAAGCUAAGUUGUGCGACUUUGGAAGCUCGAAGCGACUUCAGAGCGGCACAACGUCGAUCGCAUACAUCUGUUCGCGAUUCUACAGGUCUCCAGAGCUGAUCAUGGGGGCGACGGAGUACAGCACGUCCAUCGACAUGUGGUCCUUCGGAUGUGUGCUCGGAGAGAUGCUGAUAGGUCGACCUCUCUUCCCAGCUGAGAGCCAGGAGCAGCAAUUGAAAUCGAUCGCACAAGUGAUUGGAGUGCCCGACGGCUCCAUGCUCAAGAGCAUGAAGAGGCCGCGGACCUUCUUUCGCAGGCACUUGGACUCGUCGCAUCCUCUGCUCGUCUACAAGCCGGAGAAGCGUUUGAAUCCCUUGCAGUGUCUUGCUCACUCCUUCUUCGACGUCCUCCGAUCCCCCGACACUUGCUUACCAGGAAAGCGAAGUCUUCCCUCGCUCUUCGACUUCACUACUGAAGAAAUCCUAUGGGCGAGGUGA